GAAGCACUGACGACGGAGGAGGAAGAACCGCCGUGGGGCUGAGUCCGCCGCAGGCCGACGAAGACGAGCGCUGUGGCGGCGGCGGCGGCGGCGGCGAGCCGGCCUGUGCCUCUCAUGGCCCCCCUGCCGGGCCCCGCCGCGCCCCCGCGGCUCCUGCUUCUUCCGGCCUCGGCCGCCCAGGCCUCUGCCCCGCCGCCCGGGCCGGCCUCCACCACGGCCUCGCCGCCUCGCAAGCGGCAGCGCCUGGCCCACCUCAGCCCCGAAGAGAAGGCGCUGCGCCGGAAGCUGAAGAACCGCGUGGCGGCACAGAGCGCGCGCGACCGCAAGAAGGCGCGCAUGGGCGAGCUGGAGCGGCAGGCCGUGGAGAUGGAGGCGCAGAAUCAGAAGCUGCUGGCCGAGAACCGGCUGCUUCGCGAGCGCACGCACCGCCUGGCGGCGGAGAACCAGGAGCUCCGCCUGCGCCUCGGGCUCCCGGCUCUGGAAGGGGGCGCCCACGUAGUAGCAGCAGAGGCAUCGCUCAAGGUGGAAAUGCAGGAGCCCUCCGAGGAGGAGGAGGAGGAGGAAGACAGCAGGAGCAGCAGCAUCGAGACAGCGACCGGGUCCGCUGAGUCCGCAGUACUUAGACUACGUGUUCCUCUGCAGCAGGGACAGGCCCAGCAGUCGUCUGCCUUGGUGGUGGCAGCCUCCACCUGGAUUCAGAUGGCCUCGAUUCUUCAGAUUCUGAGUCUGAUCUCCUCUUGGGCAUAUUGGACAGCCUGGAUCCAGACCUGUUCUUGCGCUACAGUGGCCCUGAGCCAACCUGCUUGGAGAAGCUGCAGCAGGUGGUGUGCGGAGGAGAAGCAGCCUCCUUACCAGCCUCCCCCAGUUCCUCUCUGGGGCCCACAUCACCCAAGCUGGAGGCCGUUAAUGAACUGAUCCAUUUUGACCAUGAGUAUACCAAGCCAUUCUUCCUGGAGAUUGUGCCAGAGGGGGGCAACCAUGCCAAUGUGCUAGUGAGCACAGAGGACGCGGCCCCUCCUUCCCCUUCUGUACUUAGUGCCUCCUGCCUCCAGUCCCCCGU